AGGGAAGUAUUGGUUCAUCAUUUUCGCGCACAGUUUGAAAAUGGCGGACGUGUCUUAUAUCUGAGAGUCAGUGGAACAAAAAAACUCCCGCAAAUUGUGAGAAAUGCUUUGAUCUGCUUAAUAUUGCUUGGACAAGAUGCCUGUUAGGACCAGGGCUGGGAAUUCUAGACGAAGGGUACCAAAGGAGCUAAACGGAGUUAGCCAUUCUGCAAAUGAGUCGCCUCAACAUCACAUAGACGACAACAACAAUCUAAACAAACUCCUUCCGCUACCAGAACUAUCCCGCCUGCACGCUUCAUUAACCAUCGCGAUCGUCUCUCUACUUUGCUACUGGAAUUCUUGUAAUGGAGACUUUGUCUUUGACGAUUCAGAAGCAAUUUUAAAUAACAAAGACCUUCGUCCCGAGGCACCUAUAUGGACGUUGUUUAUUCAUGAUUUCUGGGGUGGUAAGCUUGAUUCAAACGAAAGCCACAAGAGCUACCGUCCAUUAACAGUGCUAACUUUCAGACUAAAUUACUGGCUCGCCAAUGGCUACCACCCUUGGGGUUUUCAUUUUGUCAAUGUGGUAUUGCACGCCGUUGUUUCUAUGUUAUCUUUACGGAUUUAUGCGGUGUUUUUCGAAGAUCGUGUUCGAAUGAAGACCGGUCAAGUUUCGCAAGCAAGUUUUCUGUGUUCUCUGAUAUUUGCGGUGCACCCAGUUCAUACGGAAAGCGUGGCUGGUGUAGUUGGCCGUGCUGAUCUCUUGUGUGCUUUGUUCUUCUUUCUAUCUUUUCUAUGCUAUGUGAAAUGUUGUUCUGCUUCUGCAGAUGAGCCCAUUCAGAGUUCUUUAAACUACUUGUUGCUAAGUGUUGUACUCUGCGCUGUUGCUAUGCUGUGUAAGGAACAAGGGAUCACUGCUCUGGGAAUUUGCUGUGCAUACGACCUUAUCAUCGUCUGCAAGGUGGAUAUAGUUAGAGUACUCCAGAAUGCCUUCAGGAAAAAAAAGCCACUGCCAACUGAGCAGCAAGAAGAUAUAUCUUGGAUGAGAGGGCUGUUCUACCGUCAGUUUGCCCUGGUGUUGACUGGUGUCUCGCUACUUAUUGCUCGUUGGCAAAUAAUGGGUUCUGCACCACCUCGAUUCCAAGUCUCUGACAAUCCUGCGUCGUUCGAGAAGAGUUUGCUUUCUAGGUUCAUCAACUACAACUAUAUCUACUCGAUAAACAUCUGGCUCCUUGUUCACCCGUGGUGGCUGUGUUUUGAUUGGUCCAUGGGCUGCAUCCCACUGAUACAGAGCGCUAAGGACGUCAGGAUUCUCGCAGUGCUUGCCAUGUGGGUGUCGCUGGGCGGGCUGAUGCUCUACUGCUUUUUUGGGAAAGAUCUUUAUUUUAGAAGGCUGCUAACAAUUGGUCUGGCGUUUCUAAUAGUCCCGUUUCUUCCCGCGAGUAAUUUCUUUUUUCGGGUCGGGUUUGUGGUCGCAGAGCGCGUACUAUACUUGUCCAGUGUUGGGAGCUGUCUCAUUGUGGUAUUAGGCGCGGUGGCCAUCAGCCGCAAACCUCCAAUGAGAAAGGCUCUGUCAGUAGCCGUCAGUGCUGUCCUGUUGUUUUACUCGAUCAGGACUGUUCAGAGAACAUCAGAAUGGCUGACUGAAGAGAAGUUAUUUACUAGCGGUCAAGCAGUUUGUCCUUUGAAUGCAAAGGUUCAUUACAAUAUCGGCAAAGUACGCUCGACUCAACAACGAGAUGAAGAAGCCCUUGCUUACUACAGAGAAGCAGUCAGACUCAACCCAACAUACAGCGACGCGUUGAAUAACUUGGGGAACUUGCUAAAGGAGAAAGGUGAAAUAUCUGAAGCUGAGAAGUUGUUGGAGAGAGCUGUUGAUUCGAGCAAAGCUUUCGCCGCUGGUUGGAUGAAUCUAGGGACUGUGAAAGCCGCAUUGAACAAAAUGCAGGAAGCAGAGACGUGUUAUAAAAAUGCCAUUCGCUAUAGAAAGAAGUAUCCUGAUGCGUUCUUCAACCUCGGAAACCUGUAUAUUGACUGGAACAGGGAUGCGGAGGCGGUUGCAGCGUUUAGAAAAGCAGUGAAGCUGAAGAGCGACCACGUUGGCGCAUGGAUGAAUCACAUAUUACUGCUGGAUAAGACAGAUAAAAGAACUGAAGGAAUAGAGUUGGCAUACGAGGCUUUGAAGCACAUCCCGGAUGAAUCCUCGAUACAUUUUAACCUGGGAAAUAUGCUGGGGCAGGAAAAGAGAUUCAAGGAGGCCGAAAAGCACUUCCUUAGAGCGCUGGAGUUAAAUCCUGUACAGCCUGAAAUUCGUGGAAACUUAGGUGUUUUAUAUCAUCGCUGGGGCAAGCUGAACGAAGCAGAGAAGUGUUAUAUGGAAGCCCUAGCUGCUGAUCCUCAAAGCGCUAACAUACGCGAAAAUCUCGAAAAACUCAAAAGAACUAAACGCAACAUAAGUAAUGGGUUUUGACAAGGUUCUGAGGUAUAAGAGAUAUCUGGAUCUAACGCAUCCCGCGCAAAGAAUCAGCUUGAGUGAGUUAUCCUUUGAACAAAGGGACCUAACGAGCUAACGGUGGGUGUUUCGAUGGGUGUGAUACUACGCGAUCAGAUCACGGGUGUGUCAAAAGCGUCAUAUAUGGAAGUGUCCGUACAAUCCCGUGGCCAAGUUAGAAAAAGGUAUCACCGAGGCAAAAACACUAUCCCUAUAAAAUAUGAUCAACAGGUCAAACAGAAAAUGCCAUGCACGAAAAUGUAACUAAUACAUCAGUUAUAUUUGGGUGUUAUGCCUGAUGCAAAUGACUCAAUUCGCCUCAUGAUAGCUGUAAGCGAUAUGUAAGGGUGCAAUAAGGGCUAUUUCUGACAAGCGGGGCGAUCGAGCAAACUAUGCCUUUUUUGCGCUAAGAAAUCACGUGACUGUUUGUUUUUCACGUGACCAGUCGUUUUCUGGUGUGACUGGCGCAGUAAUUUCUGAAUUUUUGUUUGUAUGAUUAUUUUGUUUUGAAUUUGCCACCAAGAAAGGUCAUGCGAUCUCUUAGCGCAAGUCCCCUUCUCUUCUCGGCUAACCAGAGCUCGUAAUUUACGAGCGUUGUUGUAUAAUUAUGUGUCGUAAUCAGCUUAUCACAGAGUAAGAGAUAAGGCUAAAGGAAUAGAACAGGGCUGUCUGACAGCAGUGAGAAUAUAACAGUGUGAUAAAUAAUUGAAUAACGUGUAACGAGAAUGAGGUUUUAAUUAAGUUUGGUAAUAAAUUUAGCUAACAAAUUGUAAAAUAUCAUAAAACGUUAAGAUAUCAUUCAUCUGUUAUAUUACGAGAAGAAAAGUAAACCACAAUCUCAAAUUUAA